AUGAGGACUUUGGAAACUGCUAAUAUCUCUGGGUUCGUGAGUGAGUUCAUCCUCCUGGGGUUUCCCUACUGCAGGGAGACCCAGAUCCUCCUCUUUGUGGUCUUCUCCCUCAUCUACCUCCUGACACUUGUGGGGAACACAUCCAUCAUCUGUGCUGUGUGGUCAAGCUGGAAACUCCACAAGCCCAUGUACAUCCUCCUGGCCAACUUCUCCUUCCUGGAGAUCUGCUAUGUCAAUUCUGAUGUGCCCAAAUUGUUGGCGAAUCUCAUCUCCCGGGCCAAGAGCAUCUCCUAUGCUGGCUGCCUGCUCCAGUUCUACUUCUUCUUCUCCAUGUGUGCUGCUGAGGGCUUAUUUCUGUCAGUGAUGUCUUUUGAUCGAUUUCUUGCUAUUUGUAGACCUUUGCACUAUUCUACCAUAAUGACCCAUCACCUAUGUGUUCGGUUAGUGAUCUUCUGCUGGGCAGGUGGCUUUCUGUGGUUACUUACUCCUUUGACCCUAAUAUCUCAGGUGCCCUUCUGUGGUCCAAACACUAUUGACCAUUUUCUGUGUGAUCUGGCACCUUUGCUGGCAUUGUCCUGUGCUCCAGUAUCUGGAAUUACUCUGACCUGUGGUAUCAUUAGCUCUCUCAUCAUCUUUCUUACCUUCCUGUACAUCCUUGGCACUUACUUCUGUAUUCUAAGCACAGUGUUACAGGUGCCCUUAGGACCAGGAAGGCAUAAGGCUUUCUCAACUUGCGCCUCCCACCUUGCUGUGGUGUCUCUGUUCUAUGGUUCAGUCAUGGUGAUGUAUGUUAGCCCAGGUACUGGGAAAUUUCAUGGGAUGCAGAAACUUGUGACCUUGUUUUAUGCCUUGGCAACUCCAUUCUUUAAUCCCCUGAUCUACAACUUCCGGAACAAAGAUAUGAAGGAGGCACUAAAGAAACUUCUGUAUGUGUUAUUGUGGAAAAUCUCUAAAAGAUCUAAGAGUCAAUGUAUAAUUAGUAUAAUGCAUAAUUCACAUUUAGGAAAAUGA